ACAGGUAUACCCAUCCCACAGCGCAAUAUCUCUCCCUCUCUCUCGUUCUGUUCCUCACGAAGCCCUCACCGCCGCCGUGCCCGCCCUCCCCCCCGCGUCGCCGGCCGGAACUGCUCUUCCGCGUACAGAUCCGGCCUUCCCAGGCCUUGUCCCUACGAUUCCCGUACUCGCCGCCGCCGUUACCGCCGUAAGGGAGGAGCAGCGCACCCCCACGCCAAUGACGGCCAAGACGCCCUCCCGAGCAGGAGCAGCAUCCCGGCGGCCGAGCCCCCUCCGCCAAACCUCAACUAGGUUGCUGCUGAAUGUGAGAAGCCAAGUUCAGAAGCCGAAUCCGGGAAGUUUUAGAGAAGUGGAGAUCAGAACAGGCCUUAGGCACUCUGAGUCCUGACUCCCUUGCCAACCUGAGCGCUGCCAACAUAUUAAGCCGUGCACAGUUUUCGAUGGCACUCGCACCACGACCACUGGCCACCACAGUUUUCGGCUGCCGGAUGAUGGCGGUCGUUCUGCAGGCCGCAGCCUUGACUUGCGUUGUGCUCGCAGGCAACCUCUGGUUCUCGACAUUCAUAUUCCUCAAGGCUAUCCUGGCGGCGGAGCUGGCCUUGAAUGCGGCGCGACUGAUCUACGACGCGGCGCAGGUCUUCUUCCAGAAACCGCUGCCGGCCUUCCGCUGUGAGAUGAUGGGGCUUGUCGCCGCUGACUGGGUGAUUAUGCUCCUCCUUUUCGCUGCUGGGUCGAGCUCCCUCGCUGUGGAGGACUUCGUCGAGAACAACAUGAGGCGUUGCGCGUUGCUGCAGCCCGGGACGUGCGAGCGGUACAAGGCCGCCGGCGUACUUACCCUGCUGGCGUGGGCUUUCACUGUCCCGGUGGCCUGCGUUAUGCUCCGUCUGCAAAGGAUCUGGGAUGAAGACGCCGCCGCCGCUGAUGCAUGAUGGGCGGUCAACUUCUACCUAAGAAAGUAAGCAUGAGAGAUUUAUUUGAUACUAGUACUUAGUAAAUAGUUUAGUUUGGCUACUAUCGCUACGACGUCACCAUGUGUACGUACGUGUAGACGUACUACCCCCUAUGAUUAUGACUAGGAAACAUGCCCAUGCGUUGCAACGGGAAAGAAAAAACCUGUUGUUGCCGCCACCGCCCGCUCUGCCUGUCACUUCGGCCAGGCCACAUGGUACACAUGCGCCAGGCCCAGCAGAGCCAUUGGCCUUCGUCUCCCUCAGGUGGGAGUAGAGAAAGCAUAUGAAGAAGGAUAAACUUGUGGAAUUAGUCCGGAUGCAGAUAUGCGGUGCCCAUUCGAUCAUCCACUCCUAAUACCGAUGACACCUAUGCAUGACGCAACCUUUCAUAAUGAUAGGUAUAUAAUGCAAUUACUCUAAAUUGUGUGCAUUUCAAAUCUUCCAAUUUAAGGUUUUAUACAUUUUUCAUAAUCUUCCGGAUGUAAAACUCACUUAUUUUUGAAUUAACUCCUUUUAAAUACAAAACUUGAUUUUGAAAUUUGAAGAAGAGAAGCUAUACUAAAAAUUGCUAGAAAUACUUCAGAAUGUAUUAUUAUGGUGUUGCAUUGAACCAGGAAACCCUUAUGAGAAUUUCCUAUAUUUUAUGUUGAAUUUUGAACCUCCAAAUAACUUAGAUACAUGAUUUGUUGAUUUGAAGCACAAUACAUAUAUAAAAAGGAAAUAGACCCAUUGUUACCUGUUUGCCCCAAAAGUAGCCAUCGAUCUAAAAUCCAUGAGAAAAAGAUCCUGCCUCCAUUAAUAAAAUUAUCCCAAUUUAAAAUCCAUGAAAAAAAAAUCUUGCAUCCAUAAAUAAAUAAAUAAAAAUUCUCCCAGACCCCUCCUUUUCACAGGCAGCAGCUCGACCAGCGCUAACAUUGACCCCCGGGCCCCAACCCAGAGCGCCGUAGCCACGUGGUGCGCACGAGGUCCCUUUCUCUCAAGGCGAAAAGAGCUUUAUUUAUCAACUGGUAACAUGAGUUUUACAAUCAAGGAUUACAGGCUCUCUAAGAGCAUCUCCAACAGGCGCGCUAUAAACGCACCGCGUGGAAAAAGUAGUGGUUUUAGCGCGCGCGCUACCGUUCCCGGCGCUCCAGCGGACGCGCAAAAACCGCGCGCGCGGCAUAUCUAUAAUACCUAAAUAGUUCAUCCCCACUAUGCUAUUUUUCUUGACAUGCAGCCUAUCCACCUCAGCAGGCCUGCCACAUCAACAUUUCAUUACUCGCUUACAGAUGGGUCCGACCACCACAGCAGCCCUGCCACAUCAACUUCUGUUACUGCUUAACCGGCGAACAUAACUAUCUCUCUCUCUGCCUCCCUUGAUAGAACCGGCCAUCUCCCUGUCUUUAACGCUGUUCUUUCCUAUCCCCACUAAAUUAUUACGCCUCUUCCUUCUCCACUUUGCUCCCCUGGCUCUUCCUUCUCCAUUUAAUCCCCUCGCCUGCCUUCUCCAUUGUCGAUCCACUUAGAAGAGAGAUAGAUCUCAAGUGCACUUUGUCUUCCCUGGCACACUUGCCCGCACACUCCACCAAAAUCAGACGCAAAAAAGGGAGAUCCAAUCCAAAGGAAGAAGAAUGGUGAUGGAUCUGACAUUAGUUGGCUGGGUAGUACACACCGAGGAGGGACGCAUCAAUUGGCUCCCGUACAGUUCGUGUGGCAGGGCGCUUCUCUCUCCUCCGUGUGCUCUUUUUCCCCACUACUUGCACCAGAUCAAGGAAAGAAGCAAGGCCACUUGAUAUUGUUUCGUUCCACCAAGUCAACUUGAUAUUGUGGGGAGUAAUUUCUCUUCCCCAUUAGUUCCUCCUCCCGGGUCGGGUCUUUCCUCAUGGGUCGUGGUGAAUGCGUGCUAUCUCUAAACUCAGUCUCCGGGAAAUUAGAUGGCCGACAAGCGAUGGCUCGAUGUGUGGUGAAUUGAUGACAGUUCUCCAUUCUCUAUUCUUUUUUUGUAUUAUUAAUGAUUAAUUUAGACCUUAGUUCGUCUUCAACAGAAAGUCGGAAACAGUACUGCCUCAGCCUUGAUGAUGUUUAUUGGUAUAUGGUUGUAUUAGUAAGGAGGGGUAUCUGAGUAUCUCUUCAAUCAGUCGUGUUAGAACUGGACUGUACAGGAGUGCUUGCAGGGGAAAAUCAGUCGUGUGCAACUGGAAUCUCGGUUUGUCUUUGAUCGCUUAUUCUGUAGUAUUCCCUUGGAUGAACUACAGUACACAUUAAUUCAUUUCAGUUAUCAAUUAUUAUCACUCUGCUUCA